UGGAGCGAGUCCAGAGGGACCGCCGGUUUGUCUCACCAGCCCGACCGUACCGCAACCGACCAGUGGAUAACUCGCCGUAUAACUCUGCCUACUUGUCCCCGCCUCCUGACCCCAGCUGGAGAAGGUAUUGUCUCCCCCUUACCCGUCUGUUGCCUGUUUGUUAUUGACUUAGCUUCUCUUGGAAAACCUUUCGGAAGCCUUUGUGAUGCCUCAGAUGGUUGAAAACAACACGAUGAGACAGACACUUUGUGGUUAUGUCUGCAGGUUUAAUGAAACUCAAUGAUGUCUUCGCAGUACAUUGUAGAAUUUAAAGCGUCAUAGUGUUUGUUUACUCUCCACCUAAAGGUUUAACAGCCUCCUGUCUGCUUUCAUAACUUAAAGAAAUAGAGAUGUGGCAGAGACGUAAAGUCUCAAGUUCGGCCCUUCCCUCCAAGAGCAAGGCAUUGAACCUCCACUUAAGGACUGCUUUGUCCCUCUUGCCGUGUGACAGAAUCACUUCAGUUUCCAGUCAAAUUCCUUCUGUUCUUCUAACAAGAGAAGCCUUCCCCAUCGAAGAGAGGCUGGUCUUGGUCCUGAGCCGAGUAAAGAGUGUUUAGGUUGGGCCAUCUUUGUAAACAUGUCAUCGUUAUAUCUUUGGUUCUAGUUUUGUGUUUAUUUAACCUGGUGCUCCUCAUGCCAGCUUUCAGGUGCAGUUCUGGUAAAUGCAGCUCAGGAAGAGGAUGUUUGUCCGAACUCUUCUUCUGUGGUUUUAAUACAUGCUGAAGAAUAAAUAACUUAAUAUUCCAUAUUUCUUGAAAUUGAAAAAGACCAUGCCAAAAUUAUGUUGGACCAUUGUGUGAGAUGAGAGGUAAACAUGGCCAAAGGCAAUGAAUGCGGAAAGAAGUACCCUGAUAUAUUAAAACUAUGUUAAAAGCCUGUCAAAUAAAGACCUCCUUGCAAAAGGGUUUAUGAAAUCAGUAGAUUCUGGUUGAGGACUGUUGGUCAAAAAGUCAAGGCAUUGCAUUGGACAUUUUUUUAUAUCAGCUAAAGUAAAUUGAAUUGACAUAUUAAUUGCUAAUUUGCAACACUCAAUAAAGGUCCUUUUUUUCUUUGGACAUUGUGAGCACUCAUGAUAAUCUAUGUUGCAGGCCCUAUGCUGCCUGAGAUCAUAAAGAUCCCUGAUGAGUUAAUGAGUAGAGGCUGCAUUACCCUCAUCAGGCGACACGUCAACCUCCUUCCUUCCUUUGCUCUCUUCCUUCAUCUACCUCGUUUGCUUGCUCUUCCAGACCUCCUUUUAUUUUUGCUUUUCAAUGUUCUCGCUCGGUGGAGGAAGUAACUAUUUUUUCUUGUCGAUCAUGAAAAGGAAUUGUUCCGGAAACUUCCCUGGAGAUAAAAGCCAGUUGUUUCAUCUCCCCACCACUGCACUCAACAGGACAAACUCUGACUCGGCCCUCCACACCAGCGUGAUGAACCCUCAUAUAAGAAAUGCCUUCACCUCAGGAGGACCCAGCCUUACCACCCAGAGCAACAGACGCUCAGUGUUUCCAUAUCCCGUGCCCCCCAUUGAAGAGAAUGUGUUGGAUGAGGGGAAACUACUCAAACCAUGGGACACCAAGAAGUUGCCUCUGCUGUCAUCCCGACCCAAGUCCUGUGAAGUUCCUGGCAUCAAUAUCUUUACGUCCCUGGAGCAGCCGUCCACGCCGACUCACGGCGUCCCAUCGGGCCUCAAUACCGGUGGUUCGCUGCCUGAUCUGUCCAGUCUCCACUUCCCCUCCCCGCUGCCCACACCACUUGAUCAGGACGAGCCCUGCUACCCAGGUUCCUCCUCUCUGAGUGGGGGUGGCAGCACGGGGAACCUGGCCUCCACCCUUACUCAGUUGGGUAUUAAUGCCGCCAAUCCACAAGGAGGCAACAGCAUCUUUCACCACCACACACCAGGUCUCCUCGAGUCUUCACCGAGCACGCUCAGUAACCCCUCCCUGCAGUCAUCACUAAGCAACCCCAACAUCCAGUCAUCGCUGAGCAGCCACUCCUUCUCCAACUCUUUGAGCUCUGCAUCCUUGCACUCGUCGCUCAGUAACCCUUCGCUGCAGUCAUCUCUUGGUUCCUCCCCGUCCCUGCCGUCCUCGCUCAGCAGCCAAUCGCUUCACUCCUCCCUCAGUAACUCCUCCCUGCAGUCAGUGUCUAGCGGUAACCCUGGCUACAGCUCCAGCUCCUGCUCCUCAUACUCGCCGCUGCUCGGCACUAAGGGCCAGCCGGCACUCAGCACGUCGCCACGACGACGGGCACAGCUCUCCCCGCUCAUCCUUCCCAUGGGGGGGGAGUCACGGAGACAUCACUCCAAACAGUUCUCCCCCACCAUCUCCCCCACCCUGUCCUCCAUCACACAGGGCGUCCCUCUGGACACCAGCAAACUCCCUUUGGACCAGAGACUCCCUCCAUACCCGCUCAGUCAGUCCCACCAGCCUCUCUCUGGUCUGCAGGGCUCUCAGGCAGGGCAGCAACCCUCUCCAAUGGGGCAGCACCACCAGCAUCUGCACCGCCUCCAGCAACCGCGGGCUAAUGCUCAGCAGAAGCUUCACCUGCAGAACCUAGGCAACUCACACGACCAGCUCAUGCAGCAGCACUUUGGAUUGCAACAGAGGCCAAUGGAGCAGCAGGCAAACGGACAACUAAUAAAGCACGAGAGGCUGACAGAUCAGUGUGUGCAGAGCCCCUCUCAGUGUCAUAUCAAACAGGAAACUGAGCAACAGACAGCGCAGAACCGAGCCGGCGGCCUGCAACAGCUCCAACAGAUCAGCCACAACCUGGCCACCGACCUGUACAACGAUGCCUUGUUCAACUCUCUACUGGACGACCCUUACCUGAGUCUUCAGUUCACAGGCAGAUCCACCCAGCAGUUCUUAGCAGAUAAACAGGCAGACUGUCUGCCUCUGAGCAGCAGUGGUGACAAGAACCAGUAUCUGUCCAAUACCCAGGGACACCUGGACCUGCAGGACCCCAGGGACCAGCAGCUACUCAACAACCAGAACUAUGGUGGGGGGGGGGGCCGACACCAUGUACCCAACAUUAUCCUCACUGGAGACUCCCCCCCCGGCCUGUCUAAAGAGAUUGCCAGCGCUCUGUCUCAUGUGCCCGGCUUUGAGAUGGACCCAUUCUCCCUGGACGACCCGCUGAGGAUGGACCCUCUUUCUCUGGACAUGCUGGACGGAGACCUGAUGCUCGCUGACCCUGCUGUGGAGGAUUCCUUCCGAUCCGACCGGCUGAAGUGACCCCCCCCAUUCCUCUGGGUUGUAGUGAAAAGAAGACCAUCCUUUAGAGGUGGGGGGAACACCGAGAUCAGGAAGCCCUGUUUGGAGUUCAGAAUACAGUUCUCCUUAAACCGCCCUCGCUAUGAUUAUAGUCCAGAAUACCCAAGAGCUUCUCUUUUCGGCAUUAGCAUGUACAAGUACCUGCAUGUUCAGCAUCCAUGCUGGCCACCAUUCCGCAAGAAGACUGAGAGCAAACAGUCCAUGUUGGUCUUUGUCUGCUCCAUGAACCUAGUGCUGCGUCUUUUCCAGACAUUUGAAACUCAAGUGAGCGCUCUGAAUUCAUAACUCGGUAAAUCCUGUGUGAACCACACAGAACACUUGAGCUUUUCUUUAGGAGUUAUGAAGUCAACUAAUGUGACCAAACAUGUUCUGUCACAAAUAUAGAAAUCAAAUGAAAUAAUAUUGAGAUACUUUAAAACUGGACAAACAAGUGGAUCUUCAACCUUCAAAAGUAUGUUUUGAUUUAUAAUAUGGUAGUAAAAGUAAAUGUAUCUGUGUCAAUAGUUUUAACUUAAACUGAAGAACGGAUCACAAAAACAUUGCAUUUGUGGAAUAAAGUUAAUUUCUUUACUCUGAAGAAUCAAUAACCGUAGCUCAAGUGUUCUAUCACUAAUCACAGAUCAACAAUCUCUUAGCUGAGCUCUUUUAUACUAACAAGUGUCUUUCCAAAGAACAAAGGGGACUAUGCAUCUACUGCUGAUCUGAUCUGUAAGCAAUCAGCAGGGAGAAAUCUUUAUUUUCUGGUUCAUAACUUUGUCUUCGCCUCCUAAAGAAAAACACAAACAUCACAUUUUCCCCCAAAUAUUGAUGUAGAGAAAAGUCUGAAUCCCUUUUGUUUGAAGAUUAUACAACCUUUGAUGAGGUUGCCCUUUGACCUCUAUACGCCCCGCCCCUCUUAACCUGCAUUUGCUUCCCCUGUGUUUUCAGCCUUCUCAGGGCCCGAGCGUAGAGGCAUAUUUUUAUCUAAUGAGGAUUAAAAUUUAUAUAUUAUUAAUAUUAUUGUGGAUUUAAAGAUGUUUUAUUUUGUAACGAAAGUGAUCUGAAGUUGUGUAAAUGAUUUCUCAGAUUAGACCUUAUAUUUAAUAAAUUACAGUAUAAAUAUUUAAGAUGAAAGACAAAGAAAACAAACAUCUGUUUGAACUUGUUCUGUGACGUUUGAAUUAAAAAGAAGAGUUCAGUCCCUUUAAUUCUGAGGAAGUUGAAAGGGAGAAUGGAGAUGAUAAGGAGGUUGAGGAUGUUUUUAAUUAGGAGGAGGAGUUGUCUGAGUGCCUUCUGCAGUACUGAAGGUUUCCCAACAUGGGGGCUGGACCCUUAUUAAAGGUUGUGGGAACGUAACGUGAAUAAAUGUUUUUUCCUCAGUAAGGAUUAUAAAACAUUCCAUAAAACCUACACAGUUGAACUUCUGCAGCAAAUUUAUUAUUAAAUGGAUUUUUGAACAAUUGGAAAAUCAUAGGUUAAAUCUGAUCAGGAUUUUUUUAAAUUGGGUGAAAGCAAAACAAAUAUUGAGUCAAAAAACACAUACAAAAAUAAUAUUAAAGCAAGCUGAAUUCUGGAGGGUUCCAUUGCAUGGUCCCUAUUUUAUGGAGGGUUACAAUGCACAGUUUAGAGGGUUCUCCUGGAUGGUUCCUGUUUCAUAGAGGGUUCUUAUGGUUGGUUCUACUGCAUGGAUCCUUUUUUAUGGAGGGUUCUGCUACACAGAGGACUGACAUUUUUAGGAAACUCAGUGUAUAUGAUGCCUGUGAGAUUAGAGAUCAGAAGUCAUAAAUAAAUCCGUCAAGUGCCUGACUGUUGGAGGACUAUACAGUGUCAGAGUGAUGAUGAGGAUGACGAAGAUGAUGGUAGGGUGACAAUCAGAACACAAAGUGGAAUGUAGUCUGGCUGUGGACAGCUUUUGUCCUUCUGGCGGCUUUUAGCCUCCGUAUCUUUGGUUUCUUGAUGUCUUCCAGAACAAAUAAACAUUUGUUCUUGUUUCUCUGGAGUUUUGCUUCUUUGAAUGUUUGUGGUAUUUGGACAGACAGAAGUCAAUUGUUUCUUUUAUGUACUCUGAAACCACAAAUCAAUCAUGUCUACUGAGAGACAAAUGCUCCACCAUAACAGAUUGAGAGAUCAUACCCAGUAAUUGUAUUUUGUGUUAAAUCAACUUUUUCUGUUCCUCUUUUUCAAAUCUUAUGGUAUGUUCCCACUAAAAGAGAAUUUCUUGCCAAAGUUUAGGGUUGGGGGUUACAAAUAUCUCAAAAGAAUUCUGACGGGAAUUUUUCGCUUUGCUUCGUUUGCAUCCUUCGCUUCAUUCACUGCGCCCGUUGAAACAUUCCCUUUGUUCUCAACCAUUUUUGUCUGUGCAUUGACUUUGCGUAGAAUCUACUUGAGAAAUUUGGCCAACGCUGUCUUGCGAAAGCCAACCACCUUUGAGAUAUUGCACGUCAUCACUGCUGUCCUGCUACCAAAGCAUGAAUACAUUUUAUGACUGCUACUCACCGGAGACAGAAAGGCGUUCCGCAGCUGAGACUGAACGCCUGUAGUUGGUGUCCAAAUGAGAGAUCCUGGCACCGGUCCGACGAACAGGUCAUCAAACCGGCUGCUGGUUAGUGGCAGUCGAAUAGCUGCACUUCCUAGAGGAGUCUGUGAAAUUUACACAACAAGUAGAGAGCAGAAAUAGUGCUUAUUUGCAUGUUGGAUAGCGGAAAUUCUAACUGUCUUUAUGGGGACAUCCCAGAGACAAGCCACGCCCCCUUUCCGGCGCCAAUGAAGGGGACGCCAAUAAAGCAAAUUGACUAAUAGUAGUCGGGCGAGUAAAGUGUUGCGAAAAAUCGCUUUGUUUUUGCUGUGAACGCACCAUUAGAAAUAAGUUACAGAUCAGAUACAACUUUUAAAGACAUUUUUUAGUUAGAGGUCAAACAAUCAGUCGACUUGUUCAGAAACCUGUGUGUGUUUGUGGGGGUGAGAGAGAACACGACAUCUUACUGUUAUGCAAUGAACCUAUAAUGUUAAGAUGCAGUUCUAAGGUCUGCUAGUAGAGGAAGCUGUUGACCAGUGUGUUAGUUUUGUGUGCGUGUGUACACAAUAGAGAUUCAGUUAAAGGCCAUAUUUUAUAUAUUUUUUAUUGAUGUAUGAAAUAAUUGCUCUCAUAUUAUUAUGUUAUUGUUUUUUAUAUGGGCUCCGGAGAGUAAAAUGAGUGUUGUGCUUCUUCUGCUUUUUUAUUUGAAUAAUAAAUGGGCUUUUUGAGAUCUUUAUUUGAACGUUGUAACAAAUAACCAAUGUUAAGUAUGUUGUAAAUAGGAAUAUGUUUUCAAACCAGGCGUGCCUCUCAAUUUUAAAAAGAGUGUACCUUCACACAAUAUUUUACGGAAAAUAAACAAAUGAAACCUGGAA